AAGACAGCACGCAAAAGGUGUCAAAACCGGACAUCGAAGCAUAACACAAUGCCCAAAAAAUCCCUUUUCGGCACGUCCGCCGCCAUUGACCCCACUCUCGAUGCUUUAUUCGCAUCAAGUUCUGGUCCAGUUCAACCUUUAAAAAAACCAAGAUAUAAUGAACCGGUGUCACAAGAUGACGAAUCUGGAGACGAUGACCUGGAAGAUAGUGGAAACCAGGUUGACGACGAGGAAUUGAGCGAGCUUGACGAAGACAUGGAUUCGAGUGCUUCAAUCGGAGAAGACUCGGAUGAAGACGACCACGGGAAUGAGGAAGCAGACAGCUCAGAACCAGCUGCAAAGGCGGCGGCUGCGUCCACAUUACUGGACGGCUCAGAAAACAACAGGAAAAGAAAAAGGAAACAGGCCGACGCGCAUGACGACCUGGAGACCAAGUACUUUCAAAAAGUUGCCGACGAGGAGGAUGAGGAGAAGAAUCGUAACAAGCGCUCCAAGAAAGAGCGCAAUGAGAGCACCAAAGACAGUGCUGAUGCGCCCGGUGGUCUGAUCCACGAGUCCUUACUCCCGGAUAACGACAAGGCUGAGUUGGACAAGGCCGGAAGGACUGUCUUCCUCUCGAAUGUCAGCACAGAGGCCAUCACAUCCAAGUCAGCGAAGAAACAGCUUAUGGCUCAUCUCGCCUCCGUCCUGGACAAAGAUGCUAAGCCGCCCCAGAUAAUAGAGUCUCUGCGUUUCCGCUCCGUCCCAGUCGCGACUGCUGCCAUGCCGAAGCGGGCCGCUGUUAUCACCGAAGCCGUCAUGGACGCCACGACAAAGUCCGCGAAUGCCUACGUCGUCUACUCGGAUGCUGCUGGUGCUCGCGCCGCGGUGACCAAGCUGAACGGCACCAUGGUGCUUGACAGGCAUCUGAGGACCGAUAGCGUUGCGCAUCCAGCUCCCGUUGAUCACCGAAGGUGCGUCUUUGUGGGAAAUCUAGGCUUUGUGGACGAUGAGACUGUGGUGAACGUCACGGUCGAUGAGGAUGGCAAACAGAAGGAAGAGAAGCGCAAGCGCACCAAGGUGCCGAUGGAUGUUGAGGAGGGCCUCUGGCGAACUUUCGGCAAGGCUGCCGGCAAGGUGGAAAAUGUGCGGGUUGUGCGUGACGGAAUAACGCGAGUCGGCAAGGGCAUUGCUUAUGUGCAGUUCUACGACGCCAACUCGGUUGAGGCGGCUCUCCUUCUCGACGGCAAGAAGUUCCCGCCACUGCUUCCGCGUCCUUUGCGCGUGACCAGGUGUAAGGCGCCGCACAAGACGGCACGCGCCUUGGAACGUGCGACACAGUCAAAGGCAUCAGCGCUCGCGAAUUCAGGAAAGCCCAAGAGCACAAAGUAUGUGAGGAAGGUUACGGUUGAGGAAAAGACUGGCGCCGGCAGAGCCAGCAAGCUGCUUGGUCGAUCCGCAGCUGCACGUCUCGGUGGCUUUAAUAAGCCACGUUUUGGCAAGGGAAAGGCGGCGGCGGAUGCUGCUCCAGUUGACUCGGACUUCAAGUCACCCGAGGAAAUCAUCUUUGAAGGGCACCGCGCGAGUGCCAAAGACGGGAGACCAAAGGAUUUGAAGUUCAAGGGGAGCAAGGUCAAGAAAUCAAAGAGGCCAAUCUCGGGAAACCAAAAGCGGCGCGCCACAAGAGCCGCUAACUGGAAGUCGAAAGGAUCGACAUGAAAAAGAAGUUUAAUCAAUUCGAGAACAAAAGGCCUUCUCGCACUUGCAUCCUGAGUCCGAAAUGCUUAUUGUCUAGAGUUGAGAGAAAAUGGAGAGGUUACAUCAAAUGAUUAAUACACCCUACCUUAAAGCAAAACUGUUAUCUGUCAGCCCCCUACCUGAUGUAUAAGGGCCAAACGAUUGUAUAGGUAUAUCCCACGAGUUCCACCUCGUCCAAUGUUUUCGAACACCUUCAGAUGGUGGACUACUUUGUCAUUGUACAUAUUGGAGUUGCUAAAGGGUCUCGAUCCCUGUCACGGUCAUACUGCUGUUGACUGCGGGACUUAUGUAAACCUCUCGCUAGCUUGCUGAUUACGUCUGCUCAAGUAAUAGUUGUGCGGUGAGGGUGAUACAUAG